AUGGCUGAAGAAAUUUUUAAUAAAAUUUCACUAGUUGGAUCUGAUGAAUUUUUUGAAAAUGAAUUGAAUAGAAUUAAUUUUAAAUCAAAUAUUGUAUUAGAUGGAUUUAAAGACAAAGAUAAUAUAUCUCAAGAAAUUGCAAAAAAAAUUGCAAAUUUGAUAAGUGAUAGCAAUGGCUAUUAUUAUAUUUAUUUCAAUUAUUAUAGUUCAAAAAAAAAUAAUGAUCUAUAUACAUUUCAAUAUCAAUGUUCUCGAUGUCGAAGUUUAGCCAAAAAACCUUGCAAAGUUACUGAAGAAAUUAAAAAUGAAAUUAAAGCCAACCUUCAUUUAAUGCCAAGCGAUAUUUAUAGAAGAAUAGAGCAUAAUUAUCCUGAAAUAACACAAAAGCAAAUUCACGCAUG